AAAUUCACACAAGAAAGAUUCAAAGGGACAGAAAGUGAACACCAACCGUAUAACCGCUGCUCAGGCCGUUCAGUUUAGACUAGGUACUGAUGAGGAUGAAGCUCCAUCUUCAAUACUGAUGAAUCUAAACCCACCAAGAGAUGACCAUAUCAGUAUAAAAGUCCAUGAGCUAAAAGAAUAUAUUUUUAAAAAACAACUGAAUGACACAUUAGAAGAUGAAUUUAAGAAAAUAAAAUAUGGAGUUCUACAUCCCACUACAAAGGCUCAGCUAAAGGAAAAUCAACCAAAGAACAGAUUUAAAGAAAUAUUUCCAUAUGACCAUACAAGGGUUGUGUUGGAACCAGGUCAUGGGAUGUCCUCAGAUUAUAUAAAUGCUAACUAUGUAGAUGGUUUCAAAAAGGAAAAGUGUCAUAUAGCAUCUCAAGGACCACUAAAGAAUACUAUAAAUGACCACUGGAGAAUGAUUUGGCAAAAUAAUACAAGAAAGAUUAUAAUGCUGACAAAUCUGGUAGAAGGCACAAAGAGGAAAUGUGAAAGAUACUGGCCAGGAGGAAAGCCGAUGACGUAUGGUUACCUUGUUCUCACCUUACUAACAGAAAAGGAACGGGCUGCAUAUAUCACGAGGGAGAUAGAGGUUGAAGAUCAAACGACAAAAGAGAAGAGAUGUAUCACACAGUACCAUUUUACUGCCUGGCCUGAUCAUGGAACACCAGAUCCUCUGUACCUUGUAUUGUUUCACAAACAUGUCAUAUCUGAUCAUACAAGUACUGAAAAUAAUGGACCAAUUCUUGUUCAUUGCAGUGCUGGUAUAGGCAGAACUGGGACAUAUAUCGGACUUGAUGCUUUAUAUGAAGAAGGACGUGAUACUGGGUUCGUGGAUGUCGUUAAGUUUGUAGAGAAAAUGAGGUACAGCAGGAUGAACAUGGUUCAAACACCUGGACAAUAUGUUUGCCUUCAUUAUGCCUUACUUGAGGCUUUCACAAUGGAGGAUACAAACGUUGGAAAGAAGAAAUUUGGAACUAUCUGGCAGGAAAUUUUAGAAGAUAAAGGCCCUGUUAACAGACGCCGACUUCAUGAAGAGUUCGAGAUGCUUAAGGCUAAGAAAUCUGAGCAAGAGAAAGCUGAAUAUGUUGCUGCUAAAAGCCCAGAAAAUGUAGAAAAGAACAGAAAUAAGAGUAUUAUUCCUUCGGACAAAAACAGACUGUUUCUUAUUUCAUACAAAAAAGGACGAACUGAUUAUAUCAACGCUGUACAAGCUCCAUCAUAUACAAAAUUCGUUGGAUAUUUAACGACACAGCUACCACUACCGGACACGAAGGUUGACUUUUGGACUAUGGUUGGAGAUCACAAUUCGUCUACAAUUGUCGUGUUUCUAAAUGACCCAGCUGAGGCUGACUUAGUAUACUCAACUUCAAAAGACUCCUUUACAUGUGGUAAAUAUAGCUUGAGAUUAACAAGCAGAGAACAAGAAGAUCUCGAUGUUACAAGUUGUAAAGUCAUUCUAUCCAAGAAGGAUGACAAAGCGAGAGAAAUAGCCCUGUAUUUUGCAGUGACCAAGGGCCUUCCUGAUCCACAGGUUUUGUGCAAACUUGUUAAUCGUAUAUCAACUCGUGUCAGCAUGUCAAAUGAUCCAGUGACCGUUGUCAGCGGUGAUGGAGCCAAAAUCUGUGGGGUUUUCUGCGCGUUUGUAAACGCUGUUUCCAGUAUGACAAUUGAUAGAAAUGCAAACAUAUUUCAACUUGCCAGACUGUUGCAGUUAAGGAGAUCAGAGUUCUUUGCUGAUUUUGAGGAGUACCGUCUUUGUUAUGAAGCAUUGAACUUUUAUCUGGUGUCCUCCAACGUAUACGAAAAUAUCUGAUUUCUUUUAAAAUCAUUUCACGCAGAUGACAAUAAUUAUCCUGAUGCGAUAAGGAAUUGGCGUUUUUGCAAAAUGUCCUGAUUCAUUUAGAAUAAAACUAGAUAGUUGGUUAAGUGUAUAUUUAUUUUUAAAAGCACAUUUUUACCUUAAAUAUCAGACUUUGUAUUCUGCUUAUUGUUGUUAUCAUUGCAUACAUAGAUUUAUUCAUUUGUUUAAUGUUAUCCGUUCGGUAUUUUUUUUAUUUUAUUUUAUACUACUGACAAAACUAUGAAUGUUAUACCCAAGCGUUAUUUACUUGUGUCUGUCCAGAGAAAUAUCUUUUCUAGGUCUGUGGCUAUCGCUGGUUGUCGACUGUCUUCGUUUAGUGUCAUAAGCUAAGAUCAGGCCGGAAUCUUCCUCGUUUGAAUAGCUUUCCACUAGCAUUGUUUUUGAAAGGGAAUUUUAAAAAUUAAUGGGCGGUAUUAUUUUUUCUCCUUUUUGAAGGUCGUACGAUGACCUGUAGUUGGUAAUAUCCUUGACCUUUUUGUUUUGUGAAUAGUUGUCUCAUUGGCAGUCAUACCACAAUUCCUUAUUUUAUCAUGCAAACUACACUGGAAAUCUUAAUUCCUUACAAAAGACUUAAUCUAAAACAGGUAUGUUAUUUUAAUUUUCUUAAGUACAAGACUAGUGUAGAUGAUUUUUAUCGGGUGUUUAACUCCAUUUCAAUUAUUUUAGAAAACUUGGCACACAGAGUCCUGUGAGUGGUGAACAUAUCUUAUGGUACUGAAAAAUCUUCAGUUAAUGUCAUCAACUCUUCAUAUUAUAAUUUUUAAUAGGAAUUGUUGUUUGUGUCUAGUAAAUAUAUUCUGGCUUUUAACCACAUCUUCUCAAAUCUCCUGACAACCAAGGGUUUACGAUAUAGUGUAUGCCUUGCUAAAUAUACAUGGUCGUACGAUGACCUUGAAAUGUGUAAAUAGUUGAAUGACCAAUUUAAGCUUCCCAUUUAUCACUUUUUUCAACUCCGUACUACCUAGAGUCUGUAGUUCAUUGUAUUCCUUGCUAAAAAUAUAUGGUCUUAUGAUUACCUUUAAUGUCACAAUAAUCAAAUUGCGCUGAGUACCCAAAUUGCUUCCCUUUAGCAAAAAUAGCGGCAAAUUUAUCUCUUUUUAUCAAAUUUUCAAAAUUCAAUAUGACCGAGAGUUUGCAAUACAUAGUUGCCUUGCCAAAAGUACACGAUAUAUGAUGACCUUUACAUUUGUAAAUAGUUUAACUUAAUUUUUAAGUAAAUCACCAAUUUAUACUUCACCUACCACUGUUAAUCAAAUUGUUAAAGCCCCAUUUGACCAAGAGUUUGCCGUACAUUGUAUGCCUUGUCAAAUGUGCAUGGUCUGCGAGUACUCUCAGAUCUGUACUAAGUGUUUUUUUGUUGUUGGGAUGUACAAGUACCCAGUCACGUCCACAUGUUCUUGUUAUAUGUAUAUCUGAUGAGUUUAGUCUUUUUCAGCUGAUUUUAUACCACUGUCCCAGGUUAGGGGGAGGGUUGGGAUUCCGCUAACAUGUUUAACCCCGCCACAUUCUGUAUGUAUGUGCCUGUUCCAAGUCAGGAGCCUGUAAUUCAGUGGUUGUCUUUUGUUGCUAUGUUACAUAUUUGUUUUUCGUUCAUUUUUUUUUUUUGUACAUUAAUUAGGCCGUUAGUUUUCUCAUUUGAAUUGUAUUCCAUUUGUAAUUUCGAGACCUUUUAUAGCUAACGAUGCGGUAUGGGCAAUGAUCAUUGUUGAAGGCCGUACGGUGACCUAUAGCUAUUAAUUUCUGUGUCAUUUGGUCUCUUGUGGAGAGUUGUCUCAUUGGCAAUCUUACCACAUCUUCUUUUUUAUAUGGUCUAAUAAUUAUCUUUAAAUAUGUAGAAAGGUUAUUUGGUUUUUUUAAACGAUAUGUUAAUUUAUGCUUCACAUUCAUCACUUUUAUUCAACUUCUCAAAACUCCGUACGACCUAGAGUUGUCUUACAUUGUAUAUCUUGCCAGGUGUAAAGGUCUUACAUGUGUAAUAUGAUGACCUUUAAAUGUGUAAACGGUUUAACUUCUAUUUGAAGUAACAAAUCAAUGUUUGCGUCACGUCUACAUCUUUUUAUGUAAUGUUCCUAUUUUUUUUACUUGAAAUCAUUUCAAAAAUAACGAACGUUUAAAUAAAAAUGUUUUAAGGCCACUAAAGUUACGGUCGUGACAAAUAAUUCAAACAAUCAUUUGGAUAUGAAUUAAAUAUUAAAAAUCAAAAUAUAGUUUUCUCACAAAUUUGAAUUCAUUUUUCCUCCUUUUUACAAUAGUAUGCAAUGAUUGUUGCUUCCUGUAGUUCAUAUAUAAUUUUGUAUUUGUUAAACAUUCUACGCAUUUCAUAUCACAUGCAAUGAUCCAUGACAAGGAAUAUCGUUACUUCAAUAUUGUAUUGCCAUUGCUUUUGCUGUUUUUGUUAUUUGUUAUACUUUGACAAAGUGCUUUUAAUAAAAAAAAAUCGUCUCUUUA